CUGACAUGGCAUUCCAGAGUGGAUUUGCGAACACACCCGUAAUUUACGCCACUGCAUCGGAAUGCCACAGUCGCUUUGGAUUGGUGGAGCCUUGUGCCAGUCGUCGAACACAUUAGGUCGUGACAAACAUCCUCUGAAACAACUAGCUAGCAGCGAUGGAGUGGGAGUGCUGAGGUAGUUAGUUCGUGAGCGAGUCACAAACAAGUCAGCUGAGUGUUCAAGAAGCCAGUAUCUAUUAGCUAGUUAUUUAGCUAGAAACUCACCGAUUGCCAGUCAAGCCAAGAAAUUGCAGUUUAGAAGCAUUGCUGCUAUUGCUGUUAGCUAGCUAGUUAGUUCUUACGGCACAACCCCUUCAACUUGUCAACUGGGCUGGCUAGCUAGUAGGGAUUUAGCUAGCUCACUAAAGUAAGGGGUAGUGUGUUUUUUAUCCCCACACCGUGGGCCACAGUCUACAACUUGCCUUUGCCUGCCUAACAACAUUGCAGUCAUGUCCGCGGCAGGAGACUUCGGAAACCCUCUAAGGAAAUUUAAAUUGGUCUUUCUUGGCGAACAGAGCGUGGGGAAGACUUCAUUGAUUACCAGGUUCAUGUACGACAGCUUCGACAACACCUACCAGGCCACAAUAGGAAUAGAUUUCCUGUCAAAAACCAUGUACCUCGAAGACCGAACAGUGAGGCUGCAGCUUUGGGACACAGCCGGCCAGGAGCGCUUCCGGAGUCUGAUCCCUAGCUACAUACGAGACUCCACCGUGGCCGUGGUAGUCUAUGACAUCACAAAUGUCAACUCUUUCCAGCAAACCACAAAAUGGAUUGAUGAUGUCAGAACGGAGAGAGGAAGUGAUGUCAUCAUCAUGCUGGUGGGAAACAAGACGGACCUUGCAGACAAAAGGCAAGUUGCUAUUGAAGAGGGUGAGAGGAAGGCCAAAGAGCUAAAUGUAAUGUUUAUUGAGACUAGUGCUAAAGCAGGUUACAACGUCAAGCAGACAGAUAACCACAGAGGAAGGGGAACAGAGAGCCAAAGAGCUGAAUGUUCUUUUUAUUGAAACAAGUGCAAAGACAGGCUACAAUGUCAAACAGCUGUUCUGACGUGUGGCUGCUGCCCUCCCUGGCAUGGAGAGCACACAGGACAAGAGCAGAGAAGACAUGAUUGACAUAAAGCUGGAGAAGACCCCAGAACAGCCCGUCAGCGAAGGAGGCUGCUCCUGCUAACUCCAGCCUCCGUUUAUCACUCUCUCCAUCACUGUUUCUCUCUCCUGCGCUUUGUUCUUGAUCUUUCUCACCCUGGCUUAUCGGCCUCUAUACUGUACCUAUCCUCUCUGCUCUCCCUCUGAACCCCUUGAUUCCUGACUCCUUCACCACAGCCUGAAAGAGAAGAACACUACCUGUCCGUCAUCCUUGUCGUCGUGGAAUCCCGUCGUGGAAUCGCUGAGAUUACCUUAAGCAUAACAAGCAAAAUGUGGAUGUGAAUGCUAUUUUAUUUCCGUUGAACUUUAACUCUACUUUGGCAAUGAAAAAGGAAAUGAUUUAUUGUAAAAUUUUUCAAGCACUGCGUCUUGUUCUGUAAUACGCCAUGCAAGUGACUCGUUCUUACGUCCUACUUCCGUGUUCAUGCCCCUGGUCUUUUACAUGGGCCUACAGAUAUCAUCAAAUUAAUUGAAACGCAGUUAUAUAUUGCGCUUUGUGGAUGGAACUACUUCUGCAGAUGCAUUUUAUGACAUUUUUGACAAUUGAAGACUAUUUAAAAAAAGCCUAGAACAGUUAAAAAACGACAAGCCUACUUGCUGCGUCGCUUGCAUGGGUAUACUCUGGAAAUGGUUGGUUACACAGUAGUCAAAAAUGAUUGCAGCAUGUGAGAAACAGACUUCAGAGUAAUGGAUAACCGAGUGGAAUUGUUCUGCCAUAAGUGGGCUUAGCAGCCCCCAAGAAUAUCACCCACUCGGUAAACGUUGAGCACACCAACCGUACCUUUUUACGCCGGUCCCACCACAUAGCAGCUACAGUGUCACUCCACCGAAGCAUGGUAUGACAACACAAUGUAGGGAAACCACAAGAACUCUCACACACACACACAGCAUGAUGACACAAUUCCCACCACAACGUGACGCAAAGUAACAAUAGAACACAAGGCCAGUUUCACUACCACAACACGACCGUCCUUCAUUAUUCACCUUGUCCUCACAAAUUAAUAAAAGGUAUCUUCACCUUGGCUGCCAUUUUCUAUUAUAUCUCUUGGUUAGAUCUUUACUUUUUUCUAAAAGUACAAUUAUUACCAUAGAUGAAACGAUAUUGCUUUGGAGAACGGUACUGUUUGCAAAAUGAUUUUUGUAUAUUGAGAAGUAUCAUAUUCAACGCAAACCCAACUUCGUUAGAUAUGCAGACAUGCCUUUUUAAGUGCUCAUUGUAAUAGGGCUUCCAUGGUUUUGGGAUUUCCUAGCUUUGUUUGGUUUAAUGUUAUAUCGACACUAGUUAUUUUUUUGAUCUUUUGUUAUUGAGAAUUAUCUUACAUUUUCAUUCAAUCCACAAUGACUUGUAAUAUUUAUUUCGACUGGAUCAUGUUUAUUUUUGUAUUACUGUUAAUAUGAUCAUUGUUGGGAUGAUCCCUAAAUGAUUAGAGUAUUUUGUCAACCACCUGAUUUUUUUUUUUUUUUUCCCCAAACAUGUCCUCCAGCUCUUCAGGUGAUGUCACUACCCCUCUAACUCCCCAAAAUGUUGAUUUGAUCAAACUGAAGAAGAAAAAACCACAAACCUGGAGGAAAGUCCAGUAGGGUCUUGGUCCGUAACCUUUUAUCUUUGGAAUGGUUUUAACUGGAGGUUGGAGGCUGUCUGUGCUGCCACAAGCUCAUCAUUUGCACUGCUAGAAGUCAUCAGUGUCUUAUCGUCAUCCCCAAGAAAGGUCUGCGUUUAACUGAAAUGUCCUUUUUUCAUGGUUGAAUAAAUAGAUAAAUGCUAGACAAGGAGA